GCAUCCAUCUGAUUCAUUUCAUUUCUCCUUCCCUUCAUUCGGUUUGGGUACGGGGUUGUUUCAUGACUUUCAAUUGCCAUUUUGUAUCAUAUCACCUUUGAUUCUUUCUCUUCUUUUUACUUUUAUUUUCCCUCUCUCCCUCACACCUACGGUUUCGUCCUUUCCGCUGGUCGAAGUCGGAAAGCUGUCGAAUGACAGCUUAGGUUAUAGAUCUUAUCUUUUCUAUAUAAAUUUCUUUGGUUCUUGUUGAUCCACUCCAUCCGUCAGAAUGGCGCAGUCCAAUGGCCAGCAGGAGAUCUCGAAAGAGUCUCCGGAGCAGCUCACCAAUGGAAACCAUGAGGCUGGUGCUCAGGAGGAGGAGAACAACGGUGGCCUUUUCCAGGUCACCGUUAAGCUUCCCCACGAGCCCUACAAGAUUCAGGUGAUGGUCUCCAGCCAGGAACAGGUCCAGGAUGUCCGGCAAUCCAUUGUCGAGCUUCCCAGCACCUUCCAGUACACCUGUUUCCACCUCGAGUUCAACGGGGAACGCAUCAAUGACUUCUUCGAAUUGUCCGAGGUCCCCGACCUGAAGGCCGACUCCGAAAUCGUUUUGGUCGAGGACGCCUACACCGAGAAGGAGGCCCGCAUGCACGUCGUGCGCAUGCGGGAACUGGUCGGUGCCGCCGGUGAUCGCGUGGACAACCUGCAGGGUGUCGAGGCCGGUUUGUCGCUACACGACUCCAUCGCCGCCGAUGCCGCCUCCGAGAAACCGGAUGCCCAGAAGGAGCACGCCCUCUCCAAGUACGAGAUCGCCGGCACCUCGGCACUCAAGACCAUCCUGCCCCGGGCCGAAGCUCCCCUCCCCAAGACCAUCAAGGGUAUCUCGCUCUCGGCCUGGAACCCGGUUCCGUAUCAUCUGCGCCAGAAGGGCCACUUGCUCUACCUGCAGGUGACCACCAACGAGGGUGAGCAAUUCCAGAUCACCGCCCACGUGUCUGGGUUCUUCGUGAACAAGUGCUCGAACGCCAAGUUCGAUCCGUUCCCCAAGGCCAUCCCCAAUAAGAAGGGCAGCGCCCACUCCCUGCUGACCCUGAUCUCGCACCUGUCGCCGUCGUUCAACUCCGCCUUCGAGGCCCUCCAGGAGUACAACAACCAGAAAGAUCUCCUGACCACCUUCCCCUUCCAAAACGCCAUCCCCCACAGCCCCUGGAACUACCUCAUCUCCGGUGUGGACAACGCCGAGACCCUGCGGGACUGGAACGAGGAGUUCCAAACCACCCGUGAGCUGCCCCGCGAUACCGUGCAGGACCGCGUCUUCCGCGAGCGCCUCACGUCGAAGCUGUUUGCCGAUUACAAUGAGGCGGCGGCUCGGGGCGCCGUCCUGGUUGCCAAGGGUGAGGUCGCUCCCCUGAACCCCACCGAGGGUCGGGAUGCCCAGAUCUUCGUGUACAACAACAUCUUCUACUCGUUCGGUGCCGACGGUGUCGGGACCUUCGCCUCCGAGGGCGGUGAUGAGGCCGCCCGCGUGGCGGUGGGCAAGGACGUCCUGGGUAUCAAGGCGGUCAACCAGCUCGACAUUGACGGUCUCUUCACCCCCGGAACCGUCGUGGUCGAUUAUAUGGGCAAGCGUAUUGUCGGUCAGAGCAUCGUUCCCGGUAUCUUCAAGCAGCGCGAGCCCGGUGAGCACCAGAUCGAUUACGGUGGAGUCGAGGGCAAGGAUGUCGUCGCGACCCACCCUGACUUCGUUCCCGUCUUCGAGAAGCUGUCCAAGGCGCUCCGCAUCAAGAACCACCCCGUCUGGGACAAGGAUGGCCAGCGCCACGACUUGGAAGGCAGUGUCGAAACCAAGGGUCUCCUUGGCACCGACGGCCGGAAGUACGUGCUCGACCUCUACCGGGUGACUCCUCUGGAUGUCGCCUGGCAGGAGGAGCAGGCCAACACCGACUAUCCUCAUCGGAUGUCGGUCUUGCGGUUGGAGCUGAUCGAGUCCUACUGGAGACACAACAUGAGCCAGUACGUGAAGGGUGAGGUCGAGCGCCGCCGCGCCGCCAAGGCUGAGCAAGACGCUAAGAAUACUUCCGAAUCCGAAUCGAAGGAGCAGGGCUCCGAGGAGAAGAGCGAGGAGGAGCUGAACCAGGAGCGCGUUGACAUCUCCGGCUUCUCCCUCACUCUGAACCCCGACGUCUGCAGCGGCCAGGUCCCCCAGACGGCUGAAGAGAAGGAGGCGUGGGCCAGCGACGAGAAGGAGGUCCGUCAGACCUGCGACUUCCUCCGGACCAAGGUCAUGCCCGAGCUCGUCCAGGACCUGCACGAUGGGGACGUCGGCUUCCCGAUGGACGGCCGGUCUCUCAGCCAGCUUCUGCACAAGCGCGGUAUCAACAUCCGCUAUCUGGGCAAGCUGGCCCAGAUGUCCCAGGAGAAGGGCUCUCGCCUUGAUGCUCUGUCGACUCUCUUGGUGCAGGAGAUGAUCGCGCGUGCGUUCAAGCACACCGCCAACCAGUACCUGCGCAACGUCGCUGCUCCCUUCACCGGAUCCUGUCUCGCCCACCUGCUGAACUGCCUGCUGGGUGCGGAUGUGAACCCGGCUCCCCGCGCCGAGGUCGACGAGUCCCUGCGCGAGAUCUACCCCGAGUCUGACUUCUCCUUCGAGAAGGUCAGCCCGCAGACCCUGCGUGAGGAGAUCGAGAAGCAGGUCACCCUUCGAUAUGCCUUCACCCUGGAGGCGGGCUGGUUCAACGCCCUGCGCCACCUGCAGCUGCUCCGUGACGUCUCCCUCAAGCUUGGUAUCCAGCUCGGCGCCCGUGAUUUCGCUUUCGCCAAGUCCCAGGUGCCCGCCAAGGCGCCCGCCGCCAAUGGCAACGGACCUGAGGAGGCCCCCAAGAAGAACAAGAAGAAGAAGGGCGGUGAGACGAAAGCCCCGGCCCGCGUCGUCGUGGAGGACAAGACCGCUGUGUCGAUCGUCCCCGACGACAUCAUCAACGUUGUGCCUCUCGUGAGGGAUGCCUCGCCUCGGAGCUCGCUGGCCGAGGAAGCCCUGGAGGCUGGUCGUAUCUCGCUCAUGCAGAACCAGAAGGAGCUGGGCCAGGAGCUGAUCCUGGAGUCUCUGUCUCUGCACGAACAGAUUUACGGCAUUCUGCACCCCGAGGUUGCCAAGCUCUACCACCAGCUGUCCAUGCUCUACUACCAGACCGACGAGAAGGAGGCUGCCGUGGAGCUGGCCCGCAAGGCCGUCAUCGUCACCGAGCGUACUCUGGGUGUGGACUCGGCCGACACCAUCCUGAGCUACCUCAACCUCAGUCUGUUCGAGCACGCCUCGGGCAACACCAAGAUCGCCCUGGCUUACAUCAAGCACGCCAUGGAUCUGUGGAAGAUCAUCUACGGCGCCAAUCACCCCGACUCGAUCACGACCAUGAACAACGCCGCUGUCAUGCUGCAGCAUCUGAAGCAGUACAAGGACUCUCGGAAGUGGUUCGAGGCGUCCCUGUCGGUGUGCGAGUCGCUCUUCGGCGAGCAGUCCAUCAACACUGCCACGAUCCUGUUCCAGCUGGCCCAGGCGCUGGCGCUCGACCAGGACUCGAAGGCCGCGGUCGGCAAGAUGCGUGAUGCCUACAACAUCUUCCUCAGCCAGCUGGGUCCCGAGGACCGCAACACCAAGGAGGCCGAGACGUGGCUCGAGCAGCUCACGCAGAACGCGGUCUCCAUUGCGAAGCACGCCAAGGACAUCCAAGCCCGCCGACUGCGUCGGAUCAACAUGGGCAGCAGCAUCCUUGGCAGCACCAAGGUCCAGCCCCAGGUCGGCCAGUCCGCACCUGAGGCGUCCGGCGCGGCUGGCACCGGCUUGGACGCUCGGAACAUCGACGAGCUGCUCAAGUUCAUCGAGGGUGGUGAAGCCAGCGCCUCUCGCCCCAAGAAGAAGCGCAGCGCCACCGCCAACCCCAAGCUCCGUGGCUCGAAGAAGACAUCGUCCUAAAAGCGAAAAAACAAAAACAAAAAAAAACCCUUCCCCUCCGCUGAUCCUUUUAUAACGAAAACCCAAAAUAUAUGCCUUCCCUUCUUAGCUUGAUUUGUGUUAACAGUUUCGGUAUAUUGAAAACCCCUUAGGUUUAAGGGGACGACACGUUGGAUGAGCGGGAUCUUUCCUUGUUUUGGCCUUUUUUUUUUUUCUUUCUAUCUGUUCUUUUUUGUUACAGAAAUCUCCCUACUCUUUGGUUGUUGUGGAUUUUAUUUGGCAUGGAUGAGAUGAUUGAUUGUUCAUCGCGGGCAGUUGUGCAUAGCAUGGUUGGACGACUUGCAUGCUGGAUGGUUCUGUAUGUAUACUAUAUUUAUAUAUGACUGGCGACGCAAUGAUUAGCAUAAGCCUGCAA